AUGUCUUCAGUACGGCCAAUGACACCAGCAGACCUGCUGAAAUUCAACCCUUGCAACCUGGACCACCUGACCGAAACCUACAACAUUGGCUUCUACCUCGACUACUUUUCCAAAUGGCCCGAACUGUGCAUGGUGAUUGAAGGCCGCCACGGCGAGAUCGAGGGGUACAUCCUCGGUAAACUCGAAGCCUCACCUUAUCCGGCGCCUCACGCCCCUUACGACCCUUCAAACCCUGCCUACACGAAACAAUACCCCAAUUACCUACCCUGGCACGCACACAUAACCUGCCUCACCAUCUCCCCCUCUGCCCGCCGUUUGGGCCACGCAACCGCUCUCUCCAACUCCCUCGAAGCCAUCGGUGACCGCGAAAACGCAUGGUUCGUGGAUCUCUUUGUGCGGGUGGAGAAUACAGCUGCCAUUGAGCUGUACAAGAAGAUGGGAUACUCGGUGUAUAGGAGGAUUGUGGAUUACUACAAUGAUGGCAGUGAUGCGUUUGAUAUGCGCAAGCCGUUGAGUAGGGAUGAGAAGAGGGGGACGGUGAGGGAUGGUGGUGAGGAGAUACGGGUUGAUCCUGGAGAGGUGUGGUAA